AUGCGCGAAGCUGCGUCACCUGUGAUAAAGUAUUAGCGGAACUCGAAAAAAUCGACGAUGACACCGAUUCAUUCGGUGUUGACUUCGUAAAGAUUAACGACAAACGACUAGCGAAGCAAUACGGAAUUAAAAAUUUCCCAGCACUCACGUACUUCAGGGAAAAGGAACCAAUUAUCUAUGAUGGCGAUCUCAUGGACGAGGAGGGUGUACUCGAUUUCCUCACCUCUCUGGAAGCCAUGGACUUGCCCGAUCGUAUUGAAGAGGUCAAUUCAAAGAUUCUUUUAAAAAUCAUCGAGGAUACUGACUUCGUAGCUGUUUUAUUCUACGACAAAGAUCAAAAGAAAUCGCAAAAGAUUCUCGCCGAACUGGAGAAUAUCGAUGAUGAGUGCGAUCAAAAUGACAUAGCUUUCGUUAAGAUCGACGACGACAGUGAGGCCAAGGAGUGGGGUAUCGAUGAAAUACCAUCCAUUGUAUUCUUCGAACGUGGCAUACCGCAUAUAUACGAGGGUGAUUUGAUGAAAGAAGACGAGCUCUUGGGUUGGCUGGUACAUCAGAAGCGACACUCGGAGAUACCGGAAGUCACCGAUGAAAUGAAGGAUAAACUGAUUGAAAAUACUGAACAUUUGGCUGUUAUUUUUUACGACAAAGACGACAAGCAAGACAUUCGCGUACUCAACGAAUUGGAAAACAUCGAUGAUGAACUGGAAAAGGAGGGUAUCGUUAUUGUGCGCAUUGAUAAUGCCGCCGAGGCAAAGGAAUACGGCUUGGAUCACUUGCCCGCACUCAUUUACUUCGAAAACAAGAUACCAGCACUGUACGAAGGCGACUUAAUGAAUGAGGAUGAAGUAUUGGAAUGGUUGAUUUUACAAAAACGUACUGCCACCAUUGAGGAAGUUACCGACGAAAUUCUCACCGAGCUAAUCAACGAUCACGAAUAUGUUGUGGUAUUCUUUACCGGCCCUUGCGAACCUGGCGAGAAGUGCGACAAAACUUUGAGUGCAUUGGAGAGCAUAGACGACGAAUUAGAUGAGGCUGGCAUUAUUUUUGUGACCACCGAGGAUACAAAUAUCGAUACAAAUAUCGCUAAGAAGCAUAACAUUAAAAACUAUCCACAGUUGGUAUUCUUUAGAAAUCGUGAUCCAUUGGUAUUUACAGGCGAUUUGGAUGAUGAAGAUGAGGUGUUGGCGUGGAUCACCGAUGAAGAUACACUGGAGAUACCCGGUAAAAUUGAGGAAGUAAAUACCAAAAUGUUGGAUAAGAUAUUGUCGGAAAACGACCAUGUUGUGGUGUUCUUCUAUCGCGAGGGUGAUAAGCGCUCACAAAAGAUACUCAAUGAAUUGGAAAAUAUUGAUGACGAAUGUGAGGAGAAGGACAUUGAUUUUAUCAAGACUUCCGAUCCGGAUGUGGACAAAGAAUAUGAUUUGGCUAGUUUGCCAGCAUUGGCAUUCUACAGACACAAAUUCAGAACAAUAUACGAUGGUGAUCUCAUGAAGGAGGAGGAAAUUCUGGAUUGGGUUAUCGAUCUGCAUGAGUCGACGGCUGAUGUUAUCGAAUCUGUGGAUCGCAAAACUUUGCAAGUGCUGAUCAAUGACGUCGAACACUUGGCGGUCUUUUUCUAUGACGAUAAAUGCGAAUCGUGUCCACAAAUCUUGGAAGAAUUGGAAACCAUAGACGAUGAUACGGACAAGCAGGGCAUACAAUUUGUCAAAUCGAACGAUGUGAAGUUGGCGCACGAAAUUGGUAUUUUCGCAUUCCCCGCCUUAGUUUACUACGAGACAGGCGUUCCAAUCAUGUAUGAUGGUAAUAUUGAGAAUCCACAAAUUGUCUUUAAAUGGAUAUUGGAACAGAAGGCCGAUGAAAGUAUACAGCUGAUAGAUCGGGACACACUGAACGAAUACAUAAACACCAAAGAUUUUCUGGCUGUAAUUUUUUACAAAGAAGACGAUCCAGAUGCGCCACGCGUCUUGCGUCACAUCGAACUGAUCGAUGAUGAAGCGCUGGAAUAUGGCAUACACAUAGUCAAAAUGAAUGACAAGUUGAUGGCUAAGAAAUAUGGCUACCGCAAUCCACCUGGCAUAACAUAUUUCCGCAAGGGCAAAUACAUUAACUACGAUGGCGAUAUUGAUGAUGAGGAAGAGGUGCUGGAUUGGCUUACAAGUCCGGCGAAUAUGGAAAUGACCGAUCACAUUGAGAAAGUGAAUCGUAAAAUGUUCGAUAAAAUACGCAAAGCUUCCGACUACUUGGCUGUGAUUUUCUAUAGUGACGAAUGCAAGCAGUGUCCUCGUGUGCUUGCCGAAGUGGAGCAUAUCGACGAUGAAGCGGAUAAGGCGGGUAUCGAUUUUGUUAAGAUCGAUGACAAGCAAAUGGCAAAAGAGUUUGGCGUUUUUGCGCUACCUGCAAUUGUGUUCUUUAAGCCAACAUCGAAGGAACCAGUUAUCUACGCCGGUGAUCUUUAUGAAGAAGAACAAAUUCUUGCUUGGUUACUAACGCAAAAGGACCCAAGCGGGGAUGUUAUCGAAGAUCUUGAAGGCGAGAGACUGGUUCAAUUGAUCGAAGAGUCUGGUUCGAUUGCGGUAUAUUUUUAUGCCGACGGUUGUGAGCAGUGCACCAAAGUGCUUGAAGAACUGGAGAACAUUGACGACGAUUGUGAUAAGCAUGGCAUAACGUUCGUAAAGACUCGUGAUUUUUCGGUUGCCGAUGGUUAUGGGGUACAUGAGUAUCCAGCGCUCGUCUAUUUCGAAGGCGGUAUUCCGAAUGUUUUUGAAGGUGAAUUGAACGAAGAGGAGGAAGUCUUACAAUGGCUGAUCACGCAAAAGACUGAGGAUCGUAUUGAGUUAAUCACUCGUCAGAUGCUGGAAACCAUGGUUGAGGAAACACAAUAUUUGGCUGUUUACUUCUACAAAAUCAACUGUAACAUUUGUGACCAAAUUCUUGAGGGCCUGGAACUGAUCGAUGAUGAAUGUGAUGUCUUUGGCAUUCAUAUGGUCAAAAUACAGGAUCCACAAUUGGCGAAACGUUAUUCGAUCAAGACAUUCCCAGCCCUUGUGUAUUUCCGAAACGGCAAUCCUUUACUUUUCGAGGGCGAUCUACAAAACGAGCAAUCAGUUUUGGAAUGGCUUAUUGAUGAUGACAAUCGUGAAUUGGCAGAUGAAAUUGAAGAAGUAAACGAACGCAUGCUGGAACGUUUGAUGGCCGAAUCCACAUUAUUGGUGGUGUUCUUUUAUGAUGAAGAUUGCGCCGAGUGUGAAGAAAUUCUUGAAGAACUUGAAGAAAUCGAUGGCGAAGCUGAUAUGUUUGGCAUUGAUUUUGUGAAAAUUGCUAGCGUAGAAGCGGCUAAAAAAUACGAUGUUGUGAAUAUACCAUCACUGGUCUACUUUAGAAAGCAAGUUCCUGUAUUGUACGAUGGUGACUUACACCAACAUGACAAGGUUAUUACAUGGCUGACUUCGCAGGAUGUUUUCGAAAUUAAAAAUGAAAUUGAGGAAGUCAAUCGUAAGAUGUUGGAUAAACUACUCGAAGAAAAUGAAUUCAUAACGGUAUUCUUUUAUGAACACAAUCAGCAAGAUAGCAUAGCCGCAUUGGAAAAACUUGAAAACAUUGACAGUGAAACGGAUAAUCUGGAUAUAACAUUUGUGAAGAUGGCCGAUUCGCGCUAUGCCAAGAAGUGGGGCGUUACAAAACUGCCAGCUAUGGUCUAUUUCCGACGAAGGUUCCCCAGCAUUUAUAGAGGUGACCUUCUCUCUGAAGAUGAGGUUUUGGAAUGGUUGCGCAAGAAUCGUUUCCGCCAACCAGAACUGAAUAUAUUUAUGUAUGCGCUAAUCGCAUUGGCUGUUGGUUUCUUACUAUACACUGCCUUCCUACUGCAAUGCUUUAAACCAGCGCCACCACCACCACCGCAACAUCCCAAACAGUCGUGAUAAAAUUCUAUAAUCUGGUUUAAAAGAAAAUCUAGCUGAAUUAAUGCUGCGAAUAAAUCAUUGCACUGGAACAAAAUCAUGAAACAACUACAACAACAAGGAAACUAACUAUGUAUAAAAGGAAUGCAAAUUAUCACGAAUUAUCAUCCAAUGACGACAAUCGUCUAAAUUAGACGUGAAACGAAUUUGAGAAAAACAACAACAAAAUAAAAUAAAAAUAUGGAUUACAAAGAGCCGAAAGCGAACCCAUAUUACCGUUUAAAAGAGAGAGAGAGACAUAAAAAGCAUCGAUGAAUGUAAUUUGGGAAAAGCUAUUGGUUAUAUGAAAUUUUAUAACUGUAACUGAACUAUAUACAUAUAUAUAAUAUUGUAACAAAGAACUCAAAACCACGAAACCGUCAAAAGCUAAACCGCCGCAACUUGAACCCAAACGGAAAUGAGAUUUUAUUUAUUUGUAAAAUUAGACAAAAAAAAAAAACAAAAACUUUUUUCGUUAAUUAACGACUCUCGAUAAAGAAAAAAACAAUAUAAUUUAUAAAACAAACUGUAACAAAUC